AUGCUUUAAUAACCUUCAGAAUCUCCUCAUAAACAGGCUUCAAAACGGUUUGCUUUGAAAAAAGAAAUACCUAUUUUAAAACAAUUUCGAAAAAUUUACAAACAAUAUAAUUAAAAACCUCAUCCUCACUUAAUCUAAAAAGAGCUUACAAAAGAAUAAGUAAAAUUAGCCGAAUUAGAAGUUGAGCGUCUUUCGAAUUCUCUGACACUCAACUUUGAUAUCAUUUUUAAUAGAUAAAUCCAAUCAGAAUAAAAUAAAUCUAACAAUGAUGAUUCUGAAUAUUCGCCAUUUUCGUAAAACACUUUCACCCAAGACACAAUUAAAAAGGAAAAAAUUUAAAAAGAAUUAGAUUUCGAAUUGUUAUAUUAAAUUUAUUUAGAGAAGCAAUUUACAGAAGGUAAUUGCAAUAAUUUACAUUAGAUAAGAAAUAAAGAUGUAUUGAAUGGUUAUAAAAAAAUUGA